ACUAAAAACACACUCCUCCUCAUCAGAUCCACACCCAUCCUCCCCACCCCCCAAGCGGCGGCGAGACCAAAUCCCCCACUUCUCUCUCAAUCUCUCUCUCUGCUAGGGUUUAUCCCUCCGCGCCGCCGCCCCCGGAAGACGAGAGAGCGCCAUGGCCGGCGGUCCCGCGGCGGUGUCGUUCCUGACCAACAUCGCCAAGGCGGCGGCGGGGCUCGGCGCCGCGGCCUCCCUCCUGUCGGCGUCGCUCUACACCGUCGACGGCGGCGAGCGCGCCGUCAUCUUCGACCGGUUCCGCGGGGUGCUCCCGGAGACCGUCGGCGAGGGGACCCACUUCCUCGUGCCGUGGCUCCAGAAGCCCUUCGUCUUCGACAUCCGCACGCGCCCCCACAACUUCUCCUCCAACUCCGGCACCAAAGGACCCUGCAGAUGGGUUUACCCUCACCCUUCCGGCCUCCUUUCCCCGCCCCCGACGUCCGUGCCCUUCCCCACCAUCUUCACCUCCCUCGGCCUCGAGUACGACGACAAGGUGCUCCCCUCCAUCGGCAACGAGGUGCUCAAGGCCGUCGUCGCGCAGUUCAACGCCGACCAGCUCCUCACCGAGCGGCCCCACGUCUCAGCCCUCGUCCGCGACGCCCUCAUCCGCCGCGCCCGCGAGUUCAACAUCAUCCUCGACGACGUCGCCAUCACCCACCUCUCCUACGGCAUCGAGUUCUCGCAGGCCGUCGAGAAGAAGCAGGUGGCGCAGCAGGAGGCCGAGCGCUCCAAGUUCCUCGUGGCCAAGGCUGAGCAGGAGAGGCGCGCGGCCAUCGUGCGCGCGGAGGGAGAGAGUGAGUCCGCGCGGCUCAUUUCUGAGGCCACCGCCGCCGCUGGGACAGGGCUGAUUGAGCUGAGGAGGAUCGAGGCGGCCAGGGAGAUUGCUGCCGAGCUGGCCCGUUCUCCUAAUGUUGCAUACGUUCCUGCUGGGGACAAUGGCCGGAUGCUGCUCGGCCUCAACGCUGCCGGGUUCGGCCGGUGAUCCGUCACUCCAAUUUUACCCCUUUAGUUGCCCAGGCAUCCGCUCUGUGUUACAUUAAACUGGAAUGAUGGUAUGGGGAAUUAUGUUAUCUGCUACUUUUGGUAAUAUUUAGUCUGGAUGUCUUUGAACGGAAUGUGCUAAUCUUUGUGAUCCAAAUAAGUUCUGGGUCUAAGACUCAUUUAUGUUUUAUGAUUUGUCUGCUGAUUAAGCUUUAUGUUGCUGUUCAAUACGCAUGCUAGUUAUGCUUCUUCUUGUU